UAGGAUCUCUAAUACUAUGGGGAAAUUAAUUGGGGAUGGAUUUAUCUGUGACACGCGGGAAAGGGCGCUGUAAAUUAUUUAGAGAUUUACUUAGCUCGCUAGCUUUUCAUUGCACCAAAUGCAGAUUUGCGGGCCUCGAAGCAUGAAAGCCCAGAAACGCAAAUCGAGCACCCCAGAACCACAGCCCAUGAGUUCUAAAGCCUUAAAGAGGGAUGAGACAACCUGUGCCCCCCAGAUCUCCAAUGGUGGUCCACUCUGCACUCUCUGUUAACAGACAUAUCUCAAUUUCCACCCCUGCUAAGGGAAAGGGCUUUGGGAUGACGGUCCCAGAUGGGGCUGUCACAAAGCAGACACUCUCCCAGGUUCAAGCAGAGGACCAUUGCUUCAUGUAUGGAGGGAUGAGAAAAGGAAGGGGUAAUGGAAAAGAGAGAGGUAUGACAAGUAACACUGUGUGUUGCUGAGAUAUGAAGGGAUAUGGGAGUUUGUGUGCAAGGGCAUUUAAUUGGUUUUACAUGCUUCAGUGGUGGGAAUGUGAUCAUCUCCUAUCUCAUUGUUAAAUCUUAGUUUUGUGUCGGCUGCAGGCCAGCUUAAGAAUGAGGAUGUUUGUCAGCUAUAUCCCAGCCCCUCCGAGGCAGAAGAGGAGGAAUUAGCUAUAAAGCUGCAGUUAUUUUCUCUCUGCCCCAUGGCAUUUAUUUUUUUACAUUUGCAUGAAAUUAGUUAUUAAAUUGCUAAAUCUUCUCUUCGUCCCAUGACAAAAUAUGUAGAAUUGCAGCAAACUUGCUUUCCAAAUCCCUUGGCAAAAUGUGUGGAAUUGCAGGAAAUUAGCUCUCUCCACUGUCAAGAGGGAGCCCGCUAAAAGGUUUUGCUCCCAACAAUUUCACGUAGGGCCCCCAAAAGUCUAGGGCUGGCUCUCACUGCGUGUGUGUGUGGGUAUGGAUGUUGGUAGUCAGCCCCGUGAGCCACUGCAGCCCCUCAUGAUGAGUUGCUCAUACCUGCUCUAUAGGAAGUGAACGUACCCACCAUUUUGGGAACACUGAAUCAGAUUUCUAGUGUAUGAGAAUUGGGUUUCUGUUUUGAUUACUUACUUCCGUCUGAAGAUGGAGAGGAUUGUGGGGGCCAGAGGCUGACAACGAGGAAGAGCAGCUCGAAAAUGAAGAGCACUUUAGACAAUGGGCAGGAAGAGGGACACAGAAAAGGGCUGGAAAAAGGUCAUCGGAAGAUUCAUCCAGUGACAGCGAUGAGGAUGAGUUUGAGCAGCUGGAUCUGGAGAGGAAGUCACAGCAACACAACUUGACCUCCGUCAACGUUCGGACCAUCCUCCAUGUGAAUUACCUGGAGUCUCAAUCCGGUCAAAAGAGGGGUUAAUGCUAAGUACUAAUGUUAGUGUUGAACAUUUUUGACUGACAACUGUGAAUGUUGCCCUCAGGAGGUGAUAACCAACGAGCAUGUAGUGGCCAUGACGAAAGCAGCCAUCCAGGAGAUGCAGGACCUAGCCCUAUUUGAGCCCAAGAUGACCCGCUCCAGUCUGAAGGAGGGGGUAGAAAAAGGGGUGAGCAUCCCCACCUGGAAUAUUUAUCCUAUCAAAAGGGCCCUUGAAGUGAAGCCCCCCCAGUUUGUAGACAUCCCUAUGGAAGAGGAGGACGACUCCUCUGAUGAAGAGUACUGCCUUGAUAAGGAGCAUGAGACUGCAGAGGUGAGGAAGAGCUUCAUCUCUGCUCCGUUAGUCAAUCAAUUCUGUUCAAUCAGUCAAAAGGGUGUGCUAUGUGACUACAAUGUCAUGCCUUUGACAUUGUCGUUUUGGAGCGACGUGGACAUCACAGGCUCAUCGCCAUGCUGUGACCUAGGGGCGCGGCCCAGGACCCCUGGACACUCUGAGUGUGAAGAGGACAGAUUUGACAGUCCCAGACAGAAGCCAAGGCAGCCCAGACAUCUGAGGGUGGAGACUGUUCCUACGGGACCCCCGUCCUCCACUGGCCCUGCCCGGACCCUCAGGGCCCAAGUCUGCACCUUCCUGGAGAAGCUUCAUGCAGUGGAGGAAGAGCUGGAACUCAGCCCCAUCUGCACCGAAACCUUCCAGCCUUUGACUGAAGGUGCAGGGUCUAGCCUUGUGGCAUGUCGUACCUGCCCCAAACGGACCCUGAGGAACGUGCCUCUGGGCAAGCUGGAGGCGGAGCUACAUGCCCCUGACAUCACGCCUGACAUGUACGACUACAGCUUGGCCCUGGAGGACUGCGACUGGAGCAAGUGGCUGCAGGGCCUCAUGACAUCUGACAUGGAGAAUGACGUUCCAGGAUGAUGAGCUAAUAGUGAAUGGGCACGAAGAAGAUGAAGAGAGGGAGGAAGCUGCUCCACCCCUGAGCGCUCCGCAAUUCAACGUUCCACAAGCCAUUC